AUGAGGCAACCUAACAAAUUAUUGGUGGUAUGGACAAGAAGAAGUCGUAGGAAAGCCACCGAGGCCCACCAGUGGGAGCCCACCAUCAGGAACCCUUACCUAGGCUCUGUGGUGUGGUCAGUGCCUGAGAAUGUGGAAAUACAAGUCACUCUGUUCAGAGACAAUAAGCAAGUGGAGUUUGAGGAUAAGGACUGGACAUUUGUUAUUGAAGAUCAAGACAAAAAAGGGAGACGAAGAGUCUUAGCAUCCAAAAAUGUGAACAUGAAAGAAUUUGCCAGCCAGAUUCCCACGCAGACAGAACUAAAACUGAAACUGAAACCAGCCUCCAAGAAAGUGGUUUCAGCCACCCUUCAGUUAACAGUGUCAUGUGUGUUCUUGAGGGAAGGAAAAGCUACUGAUGAAGAUAUGCAGAGCAUUGCCAGUUUAAUGAGUAUAGGAAGACCAGAUAUAGGCAACAUUGAUGACUUUGAUGAUGAACAGGAUGAGGCCAAUGCCAGUAAAUUCUCUGAACUUGCUGCCAAGUUAGAUUCCCUGAAUGAUGAAGAGGAUGAUUUAAAUCCAUUUGGGGAUCCCGAUCUCCCUGAGCAAGCAGCUUCCCAGCCUCCUAUUUUUGCCACAUGUUCUGGCACACCAAAGAAGAAAAUCAUCACAAUUGCAGAGGGACUAAGUCCAUUCGAUGAGGAAGACAAUGAAAAUAACCCAUUCAAUGAACCAAGCAAUCCAUUUGAAGAAUCUUUGGACUCUCUAAAUCCAUUCAAUGAAAAUAAAUCUGAGACAGCUUCAAAGAAUCCCUUCGAGACUUCAACAGAGGAGGAGGAGUAUCGCCACAUGCACCCGCUCAACAGAAAUGCCUCAUACGAUAAGAAGGGGAAUGUAGAGAGGCCUAUGUACACUGGCACCCCGCCCGCCACACCCCCUGAGGAGCGCAAGGUGCUGAAGCCUAUAACCCCACCCAGUACCCCACCUGAGGAGAGAAAGGCAAAGGAGCAGAAACUCAGAUUACAAAAAUCCAAGACAUUAGGACAUACACCUCCCAAAGCAGACCGAGCAGCACUUGAGCCUUUGAAUCUCAACCAGAAUGUUCCAGGAACAGGUCAAAAGUCCAAAGGUCAAUUUUCGCCUGCCAUGGAUUUGAUCACAUGGUGUCAAGAGGUCACUAAAGGUCACAAAGGGGUCAAGGUCACCAAUAUGACAACAUCCUGGAGAAAUGGAUUAGCGUUUUGCGCAGUCAUUCAUUACUUCAGGCCUGAUUUAAUAGACUUUGACAGUCUGUCUCCCCAUGACAUCAAGGGAAAUAACAAAAAGGCAUUUGAUGCUGCAGCCAGCCUGGGCAUACCAAAAGUCAUGGAGCCAUCUGACAUGCAGUUACUAGCAGUUCCAGACAAACUCUCUGUUAUGACCUACUUAUAUCAGUUAAGGGCCUUCUUCACGGGACAGUCACUGGAGGUCCACCAAAUAGGGACCAGUGCUAACGAGAGCACUUACACUGUAGGGGAAUUUGAUACUGAUAGUAGUGCUAGGAUAUCAAAAGAAAUGUACGGUAAGGAAACAGAGAGUAAAGAAAAGAAACCAUUCAGAAAGGGAAAAUCACCCACGAAAGAUAAGAGGCAAAGUGUAAAAGAUGACACAACAGUCAAAAACAGCACUGCCAGAAAGGCACAGACUUUACCAAAGAGACUUCCUACUGAUGAACGCUUCAUGUACGACAGUAGGAGCUCUGAAGAGAGAAGUACGACUAGCGAGGACAGAUCAAAGAGCAGUAAGAGCCCUAGUCCUGCUGUAGAACUGCCUGCUCCGGUGACACAAGUGCAAUUAAGUACAGAUAAUGUGGAAAAGCCAAAGUUAAUGACAAGGAAACAAUACUACAAUCCAUUUGACUCUAGUGAUGAUGAGGAGGAGGAGACAAAGCCCUCUGCAUCAUCUGAUGUUGUUGAUAAUGGUGCUAAAAAAGAAGAAAUUUCUGCUACCCCUGCCGCUGCUGUUGCUGUUAUAGAAAAGGAAGCAUCAGCAGUUCAAGAGAGUACACCAAAGAGUGAAACCCAAGCUGCAAAGCAGCAUAGAUACAGAAAGAAAAGGGAUGCUCCAAAGCCUCCUGUCCAAAUAGACUCGAGUGCCAAGGAGUCCUCUGACAACAAAGAAAAGACCAAGGAACAGUCUAGUACAAAGACUAAGAGCCGCCACUUGCCCAGUGUUCCAGCCAGUAAAUCAGAGCCUGCCUUAAAGACGGUUGCUGCCAGAAGUCCUGUCCAGUCCCCGACAACACCACAAGAAGCUGGACCAUACCAGAGACAGAAAUCCCGCCAUGAUGAGCUGAAGGACCGUGCCAGACAGCUCCUAGAGCAGGCCAGAAUGGACGCCGCCUCUCACAACCAUCCAGAAAAUAGAACCAUUGUCAGGGGGCAGGAGGUGACCACCAGUAUGAAGGUAAACGAUGAAGUACGACAACAGCAACUCCGAGAACGUGCCCGCCAGUUGAUCUCGGAGGCAAGAGCCAGCUCUGGGAAACCAGAGGUUAAAAACAUCACUGAGAUUAUAUCAGACAACAGCAAGAGGGCAGAACGCUUGGGUGUUAAGUUCUACCAGUUUAAGAGAAAUUCCUUGGGCAGAAGGGAUGUAGAAACAUCUGAAAAAGAUAACAACCCCCCUGCAGCAGAUCCAAGUACAGCCACUGAUGGCCGCCUGAAGAAACUGAUGCUGUCUCGUCCACAAUUAGCAACAACCCUUGCAACAACUGCAGCCAAGCUGGAGGCCUCUCAAAAUAAUACUAAAGAGGAAAUUAGGCGACCAUCUGGUGAAAGAACUUCCCCUGUAAAACCAGCCACACCAUCUAAAGAUGAAUUGAACAGUGGUGGGGAGUCCGAGUCUGAGGGGGAAUCUGGAGAAUCGGACAACAUUGAAGACUUACUUGAUACCAAUGAAUAUGUGAACAAUGAGAUGGCUGCCUUGGAGCGGGAGCAGAAACAGAUAGAUCGCAGAGCGGCAGAGGUGGAGAAAGCCCUGCGUAAAGUCAUGGAUGAUGGUGCUAGCAAAGCUGAAGAAGAACGUCUGCUGCAGGAAUGGUUUCUCCUGGUCAACAAAAAGAAUGCUUUGAUUCGUAGACAGAUGCAGCUGAAUAUUCUGUAA